UGUGGAGCUGCAUGUUCACACACACAGGGCUGGGUAAAAAAUGAGCAGUCUAUGCAGGCUAAACUUGGUUUUCAUCCUCUGGAUCUCCACGACAUUGGUGUGCUCGGGUUUCCCAGUUGGCCCUUCCAUGAGCACCAACCCUUUUUAUUUGACCUGCCAGCUGUAUGGGAGAUGGGAUUCGUGCCUGGUGCUGCUGAGCAGCUGCCUCUCCAAGGUGGGCAGGGGUGAGGAGCUGCCUCUUGGGAAGCCUCUCCUGGAGUCCCCUCUCCACAAACGGUCCUUCCGCAACGGCGUCGGAGCGGGAAUUAAAAAAACUUCCUUCCGAAGGGCAAAGUCCUGAGCAAAUGCCCCAAAGCCCGGCCCAGGUUUUGACAUCUGAUGUCCCAGUCCUUGCUUCGAGUUCCUUUUGAUGCUUUUCUCUGGAGCCACCUCUGACAGAGUCCCCGAACGUCGCUUUCCGAGCGCCGCCAGCCGAGCGCAGCAGACGGGAGCGCUCGGGAAGGGCUUUGCUCCCAAAGUUACACUGGCAUAAAGUUUUG